CGGAAUCUGCGCACGGAAACCCUGGGCUCAAAGUCCCACUUCCCAGCUAGUGUUCCCACUUAGUCCGCGUCUUCGUCUAAGGCCCUUUCCAAGCCUCGGUUUCCCCACCUGUAGAGCCUUAGUAAACAGCGUCCUCCCUGCAACCCUGGGGCGGGAGUUAAACGGGGAGCCCCGCGCUCCGCGGAGCGUUCAGGCUCCAGAGCGCCCUGGCACUGAGCGCAGGACCCGCGGCUGCAUGGCCCGCAAAGUCACGGGACUGGCCAGCUGUGGGCUCAACCCCCUUCCUGCCGCCGCCUUUCUCCCCAAGCUGGCCUGGGGCGAGGAGCCAGAGGCCGCGCACGGGCGUCUCCUGCGCGGGCACAGGGGUUGCUCGGCCCUCCUCCCGGUCCUGCACCCGGAGGUGCCCGCGCUCCCGGAGCCGGGCGGGGCGCAGCCCACGUGACCCAGCUGGCAGCACCCGGACCUCCCGCUGCCCGCCAGGCCCAGGCAGUCCGAGCUCCUGCCUUGUGCGCUGCGCCCCGCUGCCCCAGUGCGCCCUAGAGGUUCAUCCAAAGCAGGGCCCGCGCGGCCAGGGAGAGAGGUGGUGUGAGCCUGACGAGGAGCCGAGAUGGGGAAGAAGCUGGACCUCUCCAAGCUCACGGAUGAAGAGGCCAAGCACGUCUGGGAAGUGGUGCAGCGGGACUUCGAGCUGAGGCGGAAAGAAGAGGAGAGACUGGAGGGGCUGAAGGGCAAGGUGAAGAAGGAGAGCUCCCAGAGGGAGCUGGUCUCUGACGCGACCCACAUGAACGACACCCACUGUGCCCACUGCCUGCAGCCCUACCGGCUGCUGGAGGGCCCCAAGCAGCAGUGCCUGGACUGCCACCUCUUCGCCUGCCAAAGCUGCAGCCACGACGCCCACCCCGGGGAAGAGGGCUGGCUCUGCCACCCCUGCCACUUGGCCAGAGUCGUGAAGAUGGGCUCCCUGGAGUGGUACUACGGGCACGUGAGGGCCCGCUUCAAGCGCUUCGGAAGUGCCAAAGUGAUCCGGUCCCUCUGCGGGCGGCUGCCAGGGGCAGGUUUGUCUGACAGAGCACAGAGCUUGCCCGGCGUCCACAGUGAGCCUGAGCCAAGCCCUGGAGAGGGAAGUAGAGACAGUGAGAGUUCCAAUACGGAUGGAGAGCUGGACACAGGGGCUCAGGCCCAUCCCCUUGGCAGCAAACCUGUGCCCGCCAAGAAAAAGCGCCUCCUCCCCAUUCACAGCCUCGACUUCGAGGAGGACUCUGACGACUCCGAGGGGUGUUACAGUCACCCCCUGAGCCUGUUCUCAGUCCCAGCGGCCCCGGACAGCCUGCAGGCCCUCACAGGUGAGCCCUGCGCGGAGGAGGCCGCCUCCCAGGAGGCCGUGGUCCUGCAGGAGGCUGAUGCCAGGGCCUCUGGGGGCCACCCCCACCCAGAAGAGCAGACAGACAUCCUCUCCCCUGCCGGAUGGGAUGCCCGCACUGAGCUCUGCCUUCCAGGAGAGUCCUGCCCAGGAGCCCUGAGAAUCACUUCCACUCCUGGGGUGAGCAUCGUCAGGAACGAGCAGCUCCCCUCGCAGUGCCUGGCCGAUGUGGACACCUCUGAUGAAGACAGCAUACAGGCCCGAGAGGCAGCCUCCCACCUCUCCACUCAGAGCGGCCGGACCUCACCUGCCAGCCAGGGUCCUGGUGCCAGCGAGCCCACAGAGGCAGACGUGGAGGAGGAGACCCUGAAGAGAAAGCUGGAGGAGCUGACCAGCAAUGUCAGUGACCAGGGAGCCUCUUCUGAGGAGGAGGGCAAGGACAAAGGGGCGGAGCUGGACAGGAGCACUUCCUUGGAGGACCUCCCCAGGAUGACCCCAGAGGUGUGCACGUCUGCGGGCCAAACACACAGAUGGGAAAAGAGCCCCCCGCACUCCCAGGACCCCCUGCAGACCGCCAGGACCCCGGACGAGGCGCUGUCGCAGCUGGAGGACAGGGUGGCCGUGACGGCCUCCGAGGUUCAGCAGGCGGAGAGCGAGGUGUCGGAAAUCGAGGCCAGGAUCGCAGCCUUGCGGGCUGCAGGGCUCACGGUGAGGCCCUCGGGGAAGCCCCGGAGGAGGUCUAAGCUCCCGAUAUUUAUGCCCCGACUUGCUGGGAAAUUGAGCCAGAGUCCCAAGGAUCUACCUGCAGGCCCUUCAGAUGGGGUUGAGGUGAUGGCGGGGCCCCACCUUCUGAGGACGAAGUUCAGCAAUACCCCUGAAAGUCAAGGCAAAGAUGAGGAGUCCUUUGUCCGGAAAUCUGUGUACCGCGGGUCCCUGACACAAAGAAACCCCAACAGCAGGAGGGGCACUGCCCACCACAGCUUUUCGAAACCUGUAAUGACCCACCAGCCCUAAGGGGGAGAGGUUCUUGGGAACAGAACAGAGCAACAGAGCAGCCAGCCUUGCUUUCCCUCCCUCACAGCCACCAUGUCCCCCCAUCUGCCCCGCACUCUCCAUCCCACACCAUCCAGAGGAGAAACAGGAAGAAACACCGUCCGUGAUGGAACCGCACCUGUGAAAUGAAUUACGGUCCUCAGACCUGCAGCUGCUCACCCCCAUUCACUGACAACUUCCCAGGCCACCUGGCCAGCCUGCUCCGAUCCGUGAGAGACUUCUAAGCUCCAUCUUCCCUUAGGGACAAUGUUGUUUAAAUUUUUUUGAAAGACACACAGAAAACCUAUUUGCCAUGAACUUUCACCCUGUUCACUACUGCCUUUCUCACGUUGGUUUCAUGAAAGGAGCAGAAAGGAAUAACAGUGUGCAUCAGAGUGUGGGUGUAAUUGGAGAAGGAAAUUGGGCAUCAAUACAAGGAAGGAACUGAACUCAUGAUCAGCUGAAUAAUGAGAGAGGAAUAGAGCCCCUGACUGCCCUCCCCCCCCCCC